GCAACGUGAGUCAGGGUCGGUGAAAGAGGAAGGCUUUUUGUAAGUCUGGAAAGUUAAAGCUCCACACCCAUUCCUCUUAUACAUCGCCCAGACACAUUUUUGUCACUUCAUCUUGAAACCUUAGAAGUCACAAUGGCGUUGGUAUCAGAGUUUCUUGGACAGUUGUCUCUCCACCCUGGGUCUCUAGAGCCCAAAUUUCCAACUGUGGUACCUGCUGCGGACUUUAACCCUGACAAAGAUGCUGCUAGAAUAGAGACAGCUAUCAAAUCCAAAGGAGUGGAUGAGCAGACCAUUAUUGAUGUCCUAACAAAGAGGACGUACUCCCAAAGGAGGGAAAUUGCUUUUGCUUAUGAAAGGAGGGCAAAGAAGGACAUGAUCUCAGCCCUGAAGACGGCACUGUCUGGUUCUCUGGAAACGGUGAUCCUGGGACUGAUGAGGAGCACAGCCCAGUACGAUGCCACAGAAGUCAGAGGCUCAAUCAAGGGCUUGGGAACGGACGAAGAAACGCUGAUUGAGAUCUUGUGCUCACGCAGCAAUGAUGAGCUGGUGGAGAUCAAGAAAGUCUACAAGGACUUGUUUAAGAAGGACCUGGAUAAAGACGUCGCAGGUGACACCUCGGGGAAUUUUGCCAAGCUCCUCUUGGCUCUGGUGCAGACCAAGAGAGAUGAACCGUCCGCUAUUGUCGACUAUGAAAAGAUCGAUCAAGACGCCAGGGCACUCUAUGAGGCUGGCAUAGGAGUCAAAGGAACAGACGUGGCGACCUGGAUCUCCAUUAUGUCUGAGAGAAGUGUACCACACCUGCAAAGAGUGUUUCAGAGGUACAAGAACUUCAGCCCCUAUGACAUGGCGGAGAGUAUAAAGAAGGAAGUGAAAGGAGACUUGCAGAAGUCCUUCACGGUGCUAGUUGAGUGCUUUGAAAACAAACAGCUCUUCUUUGCCAACAGACUGAGUGAAGCCAUGAAGAGUAAAGGAGCCAAAGAGAAGGUCGUGACCAGAAUUAUUGUGUCGCGCUGCGAGGUGGACCUGAAGAAGAUCUGCUCUGAAUACAAGGCCAUCGUUGGACAGUCCCUGCAAAAGACGAUCUUGGAGCACACCAAGGGAGACUACCAGAAGGUUUUGCUCGGUCUGUGUGGACCUGAGCACUGAAACUGAAUCAUAUCAUAAAAUGUCUCAAUUUCCACGACUGAAAAUGUGGGCCCAUUAUCAUCUCGCUUUAUGACAAAACCCCAUUUUGCUUUUACUGCACACACAUUUAACUGCAACAUAGAAGGUGAUAAUAUGAAGAAUCUGUAUUGCAAUUCAUUUUUGUUUUACCAAACUGGCAAUAAAGUUGUACUCUGGACUAUUAA